UCCUAAUACUCAUAUAACAAAAAUCAAUAAGACAAAUGAAUAUAGGGUGUGGAAAUUGUAUAUGUAUAGCAUAUAGGUACAGAAAAAGGAAAGCCUAUAUUUGCCAUUCAUAUUAUAGGUUUCACAGACUUCUGAUCUUCUAUUAAAGCCAUUGUUAUUAUUGUGACUUUUGAGCUUCGAGAACUGUGAUAACAAGAUAUUGUGUUUUUUCUUUCUCUCUUAUUCAUAUAUAUAUAAUUCUUAUUCUUAUAUUCUUAUAUAUAUUCUUAUAUAUAUAUACACAACAUCAACAUGGUUCCUUAGUUUUUUCCCUAAACACAAGGAAGAAAACACAGGUUAUCAGGCUUUGUUGUUCAGCUUUUUUGUUUCCUUCAUUCUCAUUUCCCUUUUUUUUCCUCUUCAGUUGGAGCAUAUUUUCAGGAUCUUGUUCUUUCUUUCUUUCUUCAUACUACAAUCCAUUUUUCUUCUGCUCUUAUCUUCACUAUGCUCAUAUCAUUAUCUCUAUAACAACAACACUCCUGUAUUCCCCUCAAUAACAACAUCAUGAAGUGUAUUAAACCUAUCAUUUUUACUAUGUUUAUUAUUCUAUCUAUGAAUGAAGCUUCUUAUGCACAAGAAGAACCUUCUUCUGAUGUUACUCCAAUGGAGAAACAAGAGCUUGAAGCUUUGUACUCAACCAUUCAAGGCUUUGUUGGUGAUUCAUGGAAUGGCUCAUCUCUCUAUCCAGAUCCUUGUGGCUGGAGUCCUAUUCAGGGAGUUUCUUGUGAUAUUUUCAAUGGAUUUUGGUAUGUAACAGUUCUUAACAUUGGGCCUAUUCAUGAUAAUUCUCUAACAUGUUCUGACGAAAAAUUGGAAUUUAGACCAGAAUUAUUUAACCUCAAGCACCUUAAAGUUUUAACAUUCUUCAAUUGCUUUCAAUCACCAAAUAGUCUUCCGGUUUCAAUUCCGACCGGAAACUGGGAGAAAUUACGUGAGAACUUAGAGUCAAUUGAGUUUAGAUCGAAUCCCGGUCUCGUUGGCAGCAUUCCUUCGUCUUUCGGUGUACUCAGGAAUCUUCAGUCAAUGAUUUUACUCGAGAACGGUUUAUCCGGUCGAAUACCUCAAGAAAUUGGAAAUCUUGUGAAACUGAAGAGACUUGUUUUAUCCGGAAACAAUUUCAGUGGUAAUGUUCCGGAUAAUUUCGGCGGGUUAAGAGAUUUGUUAAUCCUUGAUUUAAGUCGAAACUCGUUAUCCGGAACAUUGCCUUUAACAUUCGGAGGGUUAAUUUCGGUAUUGAAGAUUGAUGUUAGUCAUAAUUUUCUUGAAGGAAAGUUGCUUAAUGAGUUUUCAAGGUUGAAGAAUUUGACACUAUUGGAUUUAAGGAACAAUAGAUUCUGUUGUGGAUUGGUUAAUUCUUUACAAGAGAUGAAUUCUUUGGAGGAAUUGGUUUUGUCCAAUAAUCAAUUAGGUGGUGAUAUGAGGAAUUUGAGAUGGGAGAAUCUGAAAAAUUUGGUGAUUUUGGAACUUUCUAACAUGGGACUAAGAGGUGAAAUUCCUGAGUCAUUGUUUGAGUUGAAGAGAUUGAGAUUUUUGGGACUUAAUGAUAAUAAUCUUACAGGUAAAGUUUCACCUAAGCUAGAAUCACUUCCUUCUCUUAAUGCACUUUAUUUAAGUGGAAAUAAUUUGAAAGGUGAGAUUCAAUUUUCAAAAGGGUUUUUUGGUAAAUUGGGAAGACGUUUUGGUGCUUGGAGUAAUCCUAAACUUUGUGUUCCAGUUGGUGUUAUGUCAUCAGACAAUGUUCCAUUUGGGGUGAAGCCAUGUCAUGAACAAGAAGAAGAGGUUCAUUUGGUGAAAGCUGAUACAAGAAAAGAGAUUCUCAAUGGUGAUAUGAACAUGAAGAACAACACUUCUAUGGGAUUAUCUAGUUAUGCAAAUUGUGGUUUAUGGUGGAUAUUUAUGAUUUUGGGUCUAGUUCUGAAUUGUUAUAUAGUUUUUUAAAUUAUGAAAUAUGUAACUUUAGAUUUUAAUUAGUUAACCUUUAAGAUGUUAGUACAUUACAUUACAACAAGUUGUAUGUCUUUUUUAUGUUUUAUUCUAACAUAAUCUAAUAGUCUUGUU